AUGUCAAUAAAUUCAAAAUUUACAAUCAAUAAUGUUUUAUUAAAUCAAGAAUCAUUACAAAAGAAAAAUAAAUAUUCAUGUCCAAUUUGUUUUGAAUAUUUUUAUAAAAAAUCAGUUUAUCAAUGUAGAUCUGGUCAUUAUGCAUGUAGAGAAUGUUGGGAGAAAUCAUUAGAAACAAAACAAGAAUGUAUGAUUUGUAGAUCGGAAGUGAAUUCAUUUAAAGAUUUAUCAAGAUAUGAAGAGAAUGGUUGUAGAGAAAUAAUAAAUGUAGAUCAAUUAGAUAUACAUAUAGAAAAUUGUAUAUUUAAAUUUGAAAAAUGUUCACAUGAUGGAUGUGAUAUAGUUUUAAGAUUAAAUUCAUUAGAAGAACAUGAAAAUAAAUGUGAUUACAAAUUAGUUAAAUGUGAGUAUUGUGCUUGUGAUGAUAUCAUUCAAAUGGAAUUAGAGAAUCAUCAUGAUAUAUACCCAAAAUUUCCAAUUGACUGUCCACAAGGUUGUUCAAUUAUGGUUGAAAGAGAUCAAAUAAAAUCAUUCAGAGUAUGA